CUGCACAACAACAGUUGGUAAGUUCUCUUGUUUUAGGCAUGAGUACUUAAUGCUCAUGUGUCUCUCUUUACUUCCUCUACGACACCUCUACCCGCACAGCAACAGAAAAGACUGGAAGGUAAAAAAAGAAGUAACUUCUGUACAUAAUUUGUAAGUGUAUUCUACUGUAUGUGAAAUAAUCAAAACACUGCCUUUUCCCCAUGAUAUUAUCUGACUCCAUUUCAAAUUUCCAUCCCUAUAAUAAUUGCGAUGCUUACUUUUGUUCCUUAUUAUUGUAUGCGAUACAUUUGCAGAAAUAUUCCUCGUAUUGUUUUGCAAAUGAACAAGCUGUGCCUUCAUUUUGCCGGUUUCUGUUUUAUAAUACUUUGGGCUUUAAUAAGUUUGGUUCACAAUACGAUGCUAGACUUUCAUUUUGUUUCCUACAGUUUUAAUGUAAUUUUGUCAACAGCGCAGCUCACUGACAAACGAAAUGGAAGUCUAAAGUCUAUUCGCGUUCACCUUGCCGGUAGGAAAUCUGCCGUAAUGUAGCUAGACAGCGACCGAUUUCGAAAUUUCAAAGCGCAGCGUGGUUGUAGUUGAGCGUAGGUUCUAUUUAUCUGCUUUGCGAGCGCGUCCAACACCCACUCACGUACUUAACUGUAAGCAAAGUACGCGACGUUCCUUUGACCACGAAAAUGCAAUCACGCGGGUCCAAUGUGCGCACUUUGUGCGCGAGCAAGAAUCCUCUCUCCCCGCCGCUACUGCGGGAGCCCAGACCAAGGAAAAGGCAAGAAUGAGAGGUUUGUUGUUUAAAUAAACCGUCUUUACUAGAAAAACUCACGGAACCACAACGUAUUCAACGCACGCGCGGCAUAGCGUACAUCCACCGCCCACAAAUAUUCGCGAUAUUUCAAUUAUGACGCAACCGUGCGUAAACAGUUUUGACUAGUGCACUUCCGGCGGCAAGAUGAACGCGAAUAGACUUUAGCGUCGUAUUGUGAAUUGUGAACCAGGCUUUACUCUGUUAAAAUCGAUGUGAAAAUGCUGGCUCUUUGUAUUGAUAGAUGACUAUGCUGAGGCUCUUAGUAAAGGCGCUGUUCCUGGUGCUUAUGUGCGGUUAAUGUUCCUGGGGGCAGGGGGUUCGGGGAAGAGCAGCUUACUCGAUAGCCUUAUGAAUGUUCCAUUAAGAAUGGCAGAAACCACAGCUGUAGCUGACACACGCACUGUGUCAUUUCAGUGGAUCAAAGCAGCAGAUAGUUGUGAGGAGGCUUGGAAAGAGCAUACUAGUUCUGACGAGGCUACAAGUUUAGCAGCUCAUUCUCAUAGUCUCGCUCUGAAAAAGAGGAGAGGAGAGGAAGAAGCAGGGUCCUAUAUAGAUAAAUGGCCUUUGGCUGCUGUCGUUUUUAGCCUUGGUUUGGCUGCUGGUGCAGUUGCUUAUAUAAAGCAUCAAGGUAGUGGAAAACAAGUUAGUCGUGAGCAUAGGGAGAAGGUAUCAGCAAUAGCCAGCACUGCCUAUAAUGAAAUUAUCAAAGAAGCAAUGCAACAUAGUGAACAACAACAGGGGAAACAUAAUCCAGAUGUUGUAAUGCACAUAUGGGACUGUGGGGGGCAGCCCGUAUUUCUUGAUAUUCUUGCUGCAUUUCUUACCCCUCGCACAAUGUUUCUUCUUCUUUUUGAUGCUUCCUCUAAUCUUGAGGAAAUGUACCAAGAAAAAUGGCACCACAAUGGUAAACCUAUUAUGGGAAGGGAGCAAAAUAUCACACACUUGCAGCUAUUGAUACAAUGGUUGCAACUAAUCCAUUCUUCCCUUAUUGAAAAGAAAGAGCACUUGCCACUUCAGGCCAGUCUAAGCUCUAGUAAAAUUCCAAAGUUUCCUCGAGCCAUGCUUGUUGGUUCACGGAAAGACCAAAUAACGCCAGAGGAAGAAGAGGGUGUAAAGUCUCAACUUCAGUCUGCCUUUGAUUAUGCUUCAUUUAGUGAAAUUAUAGUUGACAAGCUCCUUGUUGACAACACUAAGGCUGGGAAGGGUAAGGAAGAAGAUCCUGGGUACAAAAGAAUUCGUGAAAAUAUCAAUGAAUUUGCAAAAUCGCUUGUGGUAGACACUCCACUGGCCUGGGUUACUUUCAGGCAGGUUUUGCAAAAGGUUGCUGAGGAUAAGCCAAUUCUUUUAUACAGUGAUGUUGUUUUCAUUGCCAAGCAAUGCAAAAUUCCUACAGAGGUUGUACCAAGUGUGCUUCAAUUUUACCACCAGUUAGGUGCACUUUUACACUAUGCGAAUGUACCAUCUCUUGCCGGUACGAUAAUAGUUGAGCCACAAUGGCUUAUUAACCAGUUACGACUUCUGCUAAUGCCAGAUUGGUUUGGUCACCGACCUCAGCAUCUGAAACGGUUUUGGAAGUGGUUUGAAGAAAGAGGUGUUGUUGUUGAAGGGUUAUAUCAGGAAAUAUGGAAAGAUUGUGGGCUAGAAGGGGGCCCACAAGCUCUUGUUGAUGUUCUUCUUCAUUUUGAUCUUGCAACCGAAAUAAAUGAAUGUCCAUAUGACAUGAUGUCUAGCAGAGGGAGAAAGUAUUUCAUGCCUUGCGUGUUGAAAGUAAAGCCUAAAUCAGAAUCUACAGAAAGUUCGUAUCCACCAAAAAAGCCUGUAUACGCGAAGCAGCUACUCUAUAUAUGUGUUUUAGUACAGGUUAUGUCCCGCCUGGUUUUUUUGUCCGAUUAGUUGCACACAUGUCUAACCAGGAAGGUUACACACCACUUUUAGAUAGAGAGGUGUAUCGAAAUAGUAUUUUGUUUAAGUGCAGAGAUAUUGACCGAAUAAUUGUGUCCGAAUCACUGGAAAGCAUAUCUGUGAGGUUUUUUCGAGUGGCAGAGCGAAAUAGACACAAUAUUAGAUUUGCUGAGUCGUGUAUUUUGCUACAGAGGGAGCUGGUUAGCAUGUGCAAGAAUGUACGUGACUGGAUGCCGUGUGUUACAGUCAACCUGGCAUUUCAUGCACAUGUUCACAAAGUGCUCCCAGGCACUUCGUAGCAUUGAAGCCUGGUGUUUCUUGCGAGUCCAAUCUGUUUUGUGCUCAUGACAAUGAGUAUGAACUGUCUCCUCAGCAAAGGUUCUGGCUACCAUUUCCAAGUGAACUUCCAGUGCAUUCUCCUGUUGAGGACGGUUCUCUGACUGAAACUGAAAUGAAGCUUGUGGCCAAGGAGAUAGAAAAUGAUUUAUCUGAUGUUGUUGAAGAAAUGGAGAUGCAAUAUACACUCAAAAAAAUUGCAAGGGCCCCGAGAAGGAGCAGGGAGCCAGCAUAUGCUGUCAUCUCCGAUUAUGUUGAGGGUGAAGGUGGUACUCGUUAUGAACUUGCUCAACUGUUAAAUAAUGCCGGCUUUGAUGAGCUAUCAAGGAAACUACUUAAAGGCCAGUUAAUUCAAGGCAGUCAACAAUAUGCUGAUCCGUUAAGAGAUACUCCCACUCUACCACAACUAAUGGCUUUUCCAAUGCUAGAUGGUAGUAAAAUUAACAUUCUUACAAGAAUUGGUGUUCGCUACAAUGUUUUUGGACCAUUCCUGCUAAAUGAUAAUGAUGGAUCCGUAACUGAUGCCCUGCAGAAGACGUAUAUGAGAGAGUCUCAUGUAAUCAACCAAGAAAUUUCGAAACAGUGGUUGCAAGGUAAAGGGAAAUGGCCGAUAACAUGGGCCACCUUUCUCAGUGUAUUGAAAAAAAUGGAUAUGAAAGACCUUGCCUUUAAAAUUGAGUCAUCUCUCCGGUGUCAGUCCCUCCAGGGUAAGUCGUCCCCCCAGGGGCGACACUAAUUAUUCUUCAAACAGUGUACAUAACUGGCUGUCUUUUGUGUUUAGUUUUGUAAUCCAGCUUUUUUGAGUUCCAUGUGUUUGUGCCUAUAUAGCACGUUAGCCAAAUCUCAACUGAAGAGAAAAUAAAGUCCUUUCCCACACAAUUCCCAUUGAAAUAUUGUAUUGAGCUUCAUGUGCCUAGACAAUUCCAGUCUCUUGGAAAACGUGCAACAACCUAAUGAAAAUUGCUCUGAAUAACUGCAAAUGUGUACUAAAAGCAUUCAACCAUCAAACUGUUUUAUCACUUCUUGAACAAAGGUACCUCACAUACCUCCAAAGUUACUUUUACUUCCUCUUUCGACAUACUAGAACAAAUGGCACGCAUUUUUAUGACCAAGAGCAAGCAGUUGAUCAUAUUGCAAUGAAAUUCAAUUCUUUACAUUAACACCAUCAGUAGCUACAGUUUUAACAAAUAUGUAGCUACCAUAAUUAUAACAUCUCACAAGAAACUGUUAUUUCUGAACAAAGCCACUUCAAGAAAAUAAUUACUGAACAAAGCUACAUCAACUAGCUCAAAAGCUACUUGUGCAUUGUUUACUUACCAUGGUGUGCUCAUCUUACCACCAACACUGUGUUACUGAACAGCUUAUGAUUCCUAUCAUCAGUAUUGAAAAGUGUAACGUGUAAUGUCCCCUGAACCAAGCUGCAUCAAUGAAUUAAGCAACCCCAGAUACCUCAAAAGUUACUUCCGCUUUUCCAACUUUACCUUGGUGUGGGAUGUGUCUUAACACACUAUUGGUAUAGAGCUGUGUCAAUGUACCAAAUGUGUAUCAUCUACGUUAACCUUUUCAAAGAUGACACCUGUACGAAAACACUGACUGGAUGAUAGCUAGACUAUGGAAAUCCUCCCCUCCCUAAUCACAUUUUUUCACUAGCAAUCCAAUCGCCAUCAAUAGAUUGUCUCUACAACUUUGACAGACGUAGCAAAUUAGUUGCCAAUAAUAAUUUCUUCUGACUUUUUUCAAGUCAUGACUACUAAUGGUCUAAUCCUAAGACACACUUCUGAAAUAUCUUAUUGCUCGAGAGAAGAGUGUGUAUGCUGUGUAAUGAAGUGAAAUGAAAAUUAAAAAAUCUUGCUCACCCCAUCUACUCUGUGAUUGUGGAAUACUGGCUAAUAAUAGUGCUCCAGGAAGCAAUUAAGAGCUAACUAAGAGCACCCAUUUCAAACUUGAUUUGUCACAAUACAUCACUGUCAUCAUGCUGAAACAUCUUCUGUUCUAUUAGUGACCCAACAAAGUGAAAACGAAAUUUAUAUUAUUCCCCUGCAAAGAAGUAAAAUCACCAGAAAUCACUUCUUCAUUGAAGCAAAAUAGCUGAUGGUGAGCAUGUGCUUCAGUAAAACACACUUAAAAUCAUCAGCAACAGAAUAAUUGCUGGCAAGGUCUCAUUGUAAAAUAGAUGUGUAACAAUGGAUCAAUCAGCUUCUAUGACUACUAGCAAAACACACUAUGGGUGUAAAUAUCAUUCAACACAGACCCACCCAAACCUCCCCUAUAUCACAUCGUUCUGGUAAACAGUGAAACCAUUGUUCUGAAAAAGAAUCGAUAUACCUCUCGAAUCUAAAGUUUUGCUGACAUGCCUCACAAGACAUUGCCUUUCAGUGACCAACAUGGGUGUGUGUAAAGUCUAUCCCCUCUCCUAUAAAUGCAGCUGCCCCUGAAAACAAACACUGAAUUUGUGAUCCUUUGCUUACUUGUAAAACAGUCGAAGACAUAAAAAAGAACCGACUUUGACAAUUAUGCUGCUGAUUAAUUUCAUAAAGCUUGAAUACAGACGGAGUCCCAAGGUUUUAUCCAUUGUUGAUGCAAUGUGAUUUUGGUAAAGCAUGAUGAUGCAAGAACUUGACUUCAAACACCCUCAAAACGCCUAUCGAACAUUGUUCAAUAAUAUUCUGUGAGUGCUCCCUGACUUGUAAUAUCACAAAACUG